AUGCUGCACUUCAACCGAGACGAUGCUGGCGUCUGGGCGAAGGCGAAGGAGGGUCAGAAGAUGGACUUCCCCAAGGGCAUCCCGGAGUGCGGGGCCGACGCUCUCCGCUUCGGCCUCCUCGCCUACACGGUCCAGGGCAGGGACCUGAUAUUACCCGCUGGCACUGCUGUGACGUCUUUGCACUGGUCACCGGGUAGCGCGGUCGAUGCGAAUAAUAAGAGUUACCUACCUAUUGACUUGCCAACACCUGGCGUGGAGGGAUACAGGACAACGACUCCAUGGCAUGCCACGACACCAUCAUUUGCAAGUGAUCAAUCAAUGAUCAGUCAGGGCGCCUGUAGACCCAAAAGGGGCCGAGACGUGAACCUGGACAUCUCCCGCGUGGUCGGCUACCGCAACUUCUGUAACAAGCUCUGGAACGCCGUCCGCUUCGCCUUGACGUACCUCACGGACGCCAGCCCGCCGCUAGACCUGGCGUCGGAGCUCAUCGCGGUGAGAUAA